CAAUAUGGCUACGUUAGAAUUCAAAAUGGCCGAAGGAUGACAACGCAGUGCUGUCAAUUGAAGGAAAGAUUGAAUGUUACUACGAAUUUGGAGGGAAAAUGUCUCACAUUCAGUAUGUUGAUGAGCUGGUCAAGGAGUAUUUAUUAUUUCGAGGAUUUAGUCAAACUCUGAAAGCCUUCGACAACGAUUUAAAGACCGAGAAAGAAAAAGGUUUCAGGGUUGAUAAAAUUGUUGAUCAAUUGAUGCAAUAUAUAUAUACAUAUGAUUUAUUAUCUCUGAGAGAAUUAUGGGGUCAUUUAGAUAUUAGAAUGUUUUCCCGUUUGGAAAAUCAUUUUACUCCGGCUAUAAAAAAAUUAGAGAAUGCUGUUUUAAAAAUGUAUCUAGUAAAUGCAGCUGUAAAUAAUAAGCAAGAUCGUAUUCAAGAAUUUUUUACUAAAAUGGCACCGGUUCAUUCUGAAUGGAAAGAGUGGUUUGCAUUACCAUUUGUAAAAAAUCCUGAAGAUAAUCCAACAUAUUCGGUACAUUUUACCAGACAAUGGCAAGAUACUAUGUUGGUUUCUUUACAUAAUUUUCUUGCAACUAUUUUUCAAUGUAUGCCACAACCAACAUUAUUAACAAUAGAUGAAGAUACGAAUAAGUUAAAACGUUUACAAGAGGAGAAUGAAGCCCUGAGACAAAAAUUAAAUGAACCUAUUAAAAUAGAAACAAUCGCUGAUGUAAAUCCAGGGCCAGUACCACAGUAUCCACCAAUUAUGGAUGACUUUUAUAUCAUUGCUCAGGAAUCACCUUUAAGAAAUCCUAAAACAUUGAGAAGUUUAAUAAAGAAUAUAGGCGGUGGUUCAAGUCCAAUUUUAAGUAGAAAAUCUGCAACAAAUAUUAAGAAACAUACAGAAUCUGAUAUAGCAUCUACAAAAAGGACAAAUACUAAAGGAAGACUGAAUUCAGUUGCAAAAACUGAAGCGGUUGCUAAAAGAAGUAUGAGUUGUGAUUCUCGAUUAACAAGUACUAGAAAAAGGGAUUCAUCUAUUGACACUACUGUCGACAGAAAAACAAAAGAAAAGAUUGAGUCAACUUAUAUCCUUUUAAGUCAGGAGGAAUAUACAGAACAUAAAACAUCCAUUAUUCAAUGUAAAAGCAAUGCAAGUGGUUCAUAUGUAGCAACGGGUGAUGCUGAUGGCGUUAUCAAAGUAUGGACACCAAUUCCAUCGCCAAAAACUGUCACGACAUUUAAUUCACCUAUGACAAACGCAAAUAAGGCUAUAACUGCAUUAGAUUGGAUAUCAAAAAAUGAACGUUUCUUUUUACAUGGCGAUAAUAACGGACUAAUUCAAUUACACGAAACGCGUGAUUGUAAAACACUUUGGGAAAUACAACAUGAAGGAUCACGGAUUAUUACUUUACUUUGUAAUCCAACCGAUUCUACAUUUGUAUGCUCAGUAUCAGAUCCUACAGAAAGCAAAUUACUUUUAUAUGACAUAAAGUCGACGAAAUUAGAAAGAAUUUUACCUACAGAACAAAAUGUAGUUGCUUUGUGUUCUGCAUUUAAUCACAAUGGUCAACUGCUUAUCACAGGAAUGUCAAACGGCAAUAUACUGAUACAUGAUUUGAGGCGAAAUGAAAUAAUAGAUAAUCUUGGUUCUCAUUCGAGUCCGGUAAUUGAUAUAGAAUUGAUAAAUGAUUUCACAAAUAUUUGUGCUCGAAGUGAAGAUGGGAAAUUAUGCCAAAGAAGCUUAAACCACUCAGGAAAAAUCUUGUGGGAAACUAAAAUUAAAAUUGAAAAAACUGCUUUCCAUGGGAAAUUAUUUACAUUUGAUCAAAGUGGAAAUUAUAUGUUACUUUGUACACAAAGUGGAGGUAACAUAUAUAAAAUGCCCCCUGGUAUGCAAACAAAAGUUUUAGAACUUGGUGGACAUAAAGGAACAUUAUGUUGUGAUUGGUCCAGUGCUAAUCAAUCUGGAACAUGUAUUACUGGUGGUGCAGAAGGAAAAGCUAGGGUAUCAACACUACUAUCCCCAUGAUACAGAAAUAAAAUUAGUAUAUGCGUGAAUUCAUGAAUGGAGAAAUCAGUCAUUAAAAAGAAAGUUAGCAGAAUAGAGCAAUUAUGUAGAUAUUAAUUUUGUUGGUAUGUAAUUAUAUUAUCUAUUAAUUUUUAAUCUAGUUUUAGAAUGGAAUAUACAAAUAAUAUAUAUAUAUACUAUAAUAUAUCAUAAAUGUGUAGUAAUAUUAGUAGGAAAUCGAUUAUUUCAUAAAAAGUACAAUGAAUGCCAAUGUAUCAUUUUUUUAAUGUAAUAUUAAUAUUAUUUUAUUUUUUAAAAAUAAUUAACAGAUUACUAAGUUGUAAAAUUAUAAAAAAAUGACUUAUUAAUGCAAAAAUGUGAAAUGUGAUCUUAUAUAGGUUUACUAUCUGAGGAAAAAAAAAAAAGAAAACAUAAUAUGUACAGAAAACAAAAGUCAAAGUCAAUAAAUACAAGUCAAUUUUAA